GAUGACGUAGGCUGCGCUGUGCAUGCGCAGGGCGGGGAGACCUUGGCGGAGCCUGUGUGCGGAGGUGAAAGCCUUGGCGGAAAGGAAAGUACCGGGGCCAAAAUGCAGAGCUGGAGUCGUGUGUACUGUUCCUUGGCCAAGAGAGGCCAUUUUAAUCGAGUAUCUCACGGCCUCCAGGGAGUUUCUGUGGUGCCGCUGAGAACUUAUGCAGAUCAGUCGAUUGAUGCUGAUGUAACAGUGAUAGGUUCUGGUCCCGGAGGAUAUGUUGCUGCUAUUAAAGCUGCCCAGUUAGGCUUUAAGACAGUCUGCAUUGAGAAAAAUGAAACACUUGGUGGAACAUGCUUGAAUGUUGGUUGUAUUCCUUCUAAGGCUUUAUUGAAUAACUCUCAUUAUUACCAUAUGGCCCAUGGAAAAGAUUUCGCAUCCAGGGGAAUUGAAAUGUCUGAAGUUCGCUUGAAUUUAGACAAGAUGAUGGAGCAGAAAACUACUGCAGUCAAAGCUCUAACUGGUGGAAUUGCCCAUUUAUUCAAGCAGAAUAAGGUCAUUCAUGUAAAUGGAUAUGGAAAAAUAACUGGCAAAAAUCAGGUUACUGCUACGAAAGCUGAUGGCAGCACUCAAGUUAUUGAUACAAAGAACAUUCUCAUAGCUACAGGUUCAGAAGUCACUCCUUUUCCUGGAAUCACGAUUGAUGAAGAUACAAUAGUGUCAUCUACAGGUGCUUUAUCUUUAAAAAAAGUUCCAGAAAAAAUGGUUGUUAUUGGUGCAGGAGUAAUAGGUGUAGAAUUGGGUUCAGUUUGGCAAAGACUUGGUGCAGACGUAACAGCCGUUGAAUUUUUGGGUCACGUAGGUGGAGUUGGAAUUGAUAUGGAAAUCUCUAAAAGUUUUCAACGCAUCCUUCAAAAACAGGGAUUUAAAUUUAAAUUGAACACAAAGGUUACUGGUGCCACCAAGAAGUCAGAUGGAAAAAUCGAUGUUUCUAUUGAAGCUGCUGCUGGCGGUAAAGCUGAGGUUAUCACCUGUGAUGUACUCUUGGUUUGCAUCGGUCGACGACCCUUUACUCAGAAUUUGGGACUAGAACAGCUUGGAAUUGAACUAGAUCCCAGAGGGAGAAUUCCAGUCAAUACCAGAUUCCAAACCAAAAUUCCAAACAUCUAUGCCAUUGGUGAUGUGGUUGCUGGUCCAAUGCUGGCUCACAAAGCAGAGGAUGAAGGCAUCAUCUGUGUUGAAGGAAUGGCUGGUGGUGCCGUGCACAUUGACUACAAUUGUGUGCCAUCAGUGAUCUACACACACCCUGAAGUCGCAUGGGUUGGCAAAUCAGAAGAGCAAUUGAAAGAAGAGGGGAUUGAGUACAAGGUUGGGAAAUUCCCAUUUGCUGCCAACAGCAGAGCUAAGACGAAUGCUGAUACAGAUGGCAUGGUUAAGAUUCUUGGGCAGAAAUCAACAGACAGAGUACUAGGAGCACAUAUUUUGGGACCAGGUGCUGGAGAAAUGGUAAAUGAAGCUGCUCUUGCUUUGGAAUAUGGAGCAUCCUGUGAAGAUAUAGCUAGAGUCUGUCACGCACAUCCGACCUUAUCAGAAGCUUUUAGAGAAGCAAACCUGGCUGCAUCAUUUGGCAAAUCAAUCAACUUUUAGAAGAUGAUAUUUUUCAGAAAUUUCCUGGAAGCUUUUGUAGAGGUUACAAUUCUGAACAGGAUAUGCUCACAGCUCCAAGGAUUUCUAGGACUGAAAUAUGAAACUUUUGGAAGGUAUUUAAUAGGUCUGGACAGAAUGGAAUAAUUUCAUACCUAUAUUUUAAAUUCAGUAUUUUAUUUCAAUACAUUAAUAUGCAGGACAAAAAACUACUUAUAGUAGCAUUUUGGACAUUUUUCAUCAACCCAUAUUUUCUUGCUAUUUAUGUAAGGUUCACCCUCACUGAAUUUAUGUUAAGUAGCUUGCAUCUUUGAUACAGUAAAGUUGGAUUUCCUCUUACAGGGAUGGAGCUGAAGGAUUGUAUGUAAACAGUUGAAAUAAGGUGAUCAAGUUAUUUUAAAUUUGUUUUUCAUAUUGGAAACAGGUCAGUUACUAGAGCAAGAUUCAAAUAUGUAUAAACCAAACUGAUGUAAAUAAAAAAUGAUGGUCUCUUUGUUUUAUUUAACCCCAAAUUCUUACAGUUUAGAGGCAAAAUUUAUGUUUAAUAAGUUUUUAAGUUCCAUUGAGGAUUACAAGUCUGAAGGAUAUUUACCAAAUUAAGAGCAUCUAUCUACAAAAUAAUAUUAAAUGGACACUCAAAUGUAUUAGUGGGGAAUGAGAUACUAAAAUAAACAUGUCUUAAUUCUUCAUUUAA